UUGAGCCAAUCACAAACCGGAGUGACGUCCCCUUCGACCACUGACGGAUUUCCGAUCUAACUGUAGCAGAAAAGCCAAUACUUUGUUUACGUACCGCCGGAUAGCUGCUGACAGCCGCAGUAGCGCCGUUCCCAGCGACAGAGGAGCCCGCGCGCCUCUUCUGGUUGGCUGUAGCUUGGGAAACUUUGAGCUAAGUCCGGACGAUGGGGGUGUUCUGCUGAAUGAAGCAGAGCCGCUGAAUGCCGACGGGAGGAUGAACUCCAUAACCGGUCGGGUCCUCUCUAUUGCCGCCGCUUCAGUCACCAACUCUGGAGCUUCAUCCUCUCGAGCCCUGCAUGUGGAACUCACGUCCCAGCAGAGACGGCUGCGUCAUCUACGGAGUAUUGCUGCCAGAAACAUAGUCAACAAGAAUGGCUCUCCUCUGCUGGACACGUAUUUCACCCUCCACCUGUGUGUAGAAGAUCGCAUCUCUAGAGAUUUUUACAAAAGUGAAGUCAUUCGAGACUCUCUGAACCCAACCUGGCGGAGCCUGGACUUCGGCAUGCUCCCUGACCUACUGGACACCUCAGUGUCUUGCUUCAUGGUCAGGAUCUGGGGGGGGCAGAGGGAACAGUACCACCUCCUUAUUGAGUGGAAGGUCAAUCUAGAUGGACUCCGCUACACAGGCCAACAGAUUCGAUCCAGAAAUCCAAAUGAGAUCAUAUUUGGGUUGAAUGAUGGCUACUACGCCGCUGACUUUGACCGCAAGGAUCAGUCAGAGCAGAAGAACUACAGCCUUCUUCAGGUAGACCAGAGUUCAGUCAGGAACUCCUACAGCGUUUUCUCUUUGCUCAGGCUUCACACCGCACAGAAAGCCAUCAAGCAGACUCAAGUGACUGUGCAAAAGAUUGGGAAGGAAAUUGAAGAAAGACUGAGGACGACGGCAACCUGCACCGAUCGGAAGAAAGAGCGGGAGUGUAUGCAGCUGCGUAUCGCGGUGCUCCGCAGUGAGCUGCAGAGACAGAGGAAGGCACUCGGCAGAGAAAUAGACAUUCGACAGAAAGAGAGGCUACAACUGCAGAAAAAAGAGGAAGAGUUUUUAGUGAAGGAGCAGAGUCUUAAAGAGGAAAGAGAAUCCUUAACCACAAUGCAGAAGGAGUGCACUGCCAAAAGAGAGCAGUUCCUCAAGUCAAACGCCCAGCUGACCUUCCGCUGUCGCCAGCUCCUCUCUGAGCUCUCAUACAUCUACCCCAUUGAAAUGGUCAACCAGUCAGAUUAUGUCAUCUGUGGAGUGAAGCUGCCAAACUCUGACGACUUUCAAGAUUCCCUUUGUAUCAUCGAGGAGAACGGUUUCACUUUGAAUACGGCGUCUACUUACUGAACAAGAACAUUGCCCAGCUGAGAUAUCAGCAUGGCCUGACCACUCCAGACCUGCAGCAGACUCUGCCCAACUUGAAGAACUUCCUGGAACAAGGCUUGAUGGUGCGAUGCGACCGGCACCACAUCUCCACCUCCAUCCCAGUGCCCCCCAGGUCUCAGCUGGGUGUGUCGGAAAUCAGCCCCCCCGACCGAGGCCUGAGAAAGAGGGCGAGCUCGGAGGCCGAGGCCCAGCCGAAGCUCACGCCGGCCCCCUCCUCCAGCUACGACACAACCAAUGAGGUGCAGCCGCCACCUCCAACGGGCUCCACAGAGCCGCCCUCGGAAAGCAGCGUGGUCACGCUGAAGCAGACUGAUGCCGCUGAGGCCAGGAAGAGGGACCAGGAGGAAGGGGGCGGGGCCAAACCGAAGAAGGAGGACGAGCAGCCCUGCACCACCUCUGCAUCCACUUCCUCUACAACGCAGAACCUCAGCACAGUCCAGCACAGCAGCGUGACCAACGGCUCCGUGGUGCCGGGACAGGCGCCCGUCAGCGUGGUCCCAGAACUGCGUUGUUCUGUGGAGCAGGCCGAGGAGAUCAUGGGCACAGAGGCCACGAGCCUGGGGCUGGGGCUAGGGCUGGGGUUAGGGUUAGGCCUAGCAGAUGAAGGCCGGUCCGAAGACUACCGCUGCAUCCCCGUGGAGCAUGCGGUGGCCGUGGAGUGUGACGACCACGUGUUGGGCGAGCUGGACGUGGCGGGUCUGGAGGAGUUCUCCAGGCGCAUCUAUGCACUCAAUGAGAACAUGUCCAGCUUCCGCCGGCCGCGAAAGAACUCCGAUAAGUGAGGCAGUGAGGGGGAGCUGGAGGCUUCAAAGCUAGACUGAAGAACAGGGCCGGCUGAUUUCUUACUGGCUGUUUUGCACUUGUUGUCAGCAUUUCCAUAUUAACCCUUUCAACGAAAAGAGUCCAAAGUUUAGACCAAGCAGCAAGAAGACUUCAUGCUGCUGCUGUUGGCACACGGAUGGAAGGAUUGGGCCCAUUAAAGCAUCAUGUUUCUUCAUGUGUUGUAGAUUGUUUUGACCGAAUGGCGGACCACUAAAACCACUCACCUUUAUUUUUCUAUUCCUGACUGGAAAGUUCUAGUCCGGCUUCCCGGUUAAUCCGGGCUGUCGGCGAGCGCUCCUCCUCUGCUGAGUUCCAGCUUCUCCUCGGUGGUUUUCUUCUUCUUUUCAGGGCUCCUGCUGGGGAACUUGUGCCGCAGACAGUAUUGGGACGUGUGUAUGUGUGGCACUUCACAACAGCAUGCAGUUAAAAUAAUCCACCAAUGAGCUUCAAACACAGCGGGUUUGUUUUUACAGAGUCAGGCGGCAGCUGGAACCAGUCACUCAGUCAGACUUCCAGCUCAGGACUCGUUUCAUCUCAUCCAUCGGACAGGCUGAGCUCCUCAGAUGAGGGCGGGGGGCGGGACUACACACAAAAUGGCAGGGAAAUGGUGCAAUUGUGUCUUUUCCUUUCUUCUUUUUGUUUAUUUCUUGGUUGUACUGUGGGUUCUUCCGUGUGCGUCCCGGUCCGGUUGUCUUAAUCCCAGUCUGUGAAUGGCGCCGCCGUCUCCCUGAUGUUAACGCUUUCUUGCACUGAUGUUCUGUUUUUUGUGUUAUUUAUGUCUGUUCCAAUGAAAUCAAUACAUAUUUUAUUCCUUAGCAACAUGGGUCGUCAGCGUUUCAGAGUUUUUCCUGUUCUGACUGUGAUGGUGAUCAGUGUGAAGGUCCGCCAUGACACCCCCCCCACCCCCCGACAUGUGGUUACUGGGAAGAAAUGUAUUUAAAGAAACUCAGAAUAUCAGUUCAUUACGAUUGUUUCCAUAAUCUGCAUUACAUUCAGUGACCUUGUACAUAAACUUUUGUACGGCAGAUUUUUUUUGGCUAUUAAAAGUUUGCAGCACAACAGCAUGGUGGAUGUUCUGCCUGGACCAAAGACGUCUGACUGGAUUCUGGUCGGACACAGAUUUAAAGCAGAAACACUCCAGUGUAUUCAGGAAAAACGUGAAUAAAACAAAUAAAAAACAAACUUUGACCUAAA